AUGUCAAAAAACGAAAAAUCGCCACUAAUAAACGUCGAUGAUGACACUUGUUUCACAUAUUCUUGUGAAGUCGAAUGUGCUACUAACCAUUCUAAUAAUUUAUCAAAAGACUCUACAUUAGAAGCCAGAUUAAAAGCUCUUUUAGAUAGAGAAACGGAAUUAAAACUACAAAUUGAUGAAUUAAUUGAAGAAAUUACGAAUUUAGAAGCAAUUGCGAGAAAUAGAAGUAAAAGUAAUGGUGGCAAUGAAGAAGAAAAUAAAGAAACUAAAAAGAAUGGUAUUAAAAAAGAAGUUGUUGAAGAAGUUUGUUGGGAAGAAUUCGAAGCUCCAGAAUGGUGUGUGCCUAUAAAAGCUGAUGUAUUAACGUUUGAAUGGGAUGAACUCGCUAAAGAAUGUCAAUUUGAUCAACAAAUGAAUGACGGAUUAAAGGUGGCUAUAGCUUAUCAACAAUUGCCGGAUGUUUGUAUCGAGGAAUUGCCGAUUCCUCAAUUACAGAAAAAUGGAUUCUUGUUUAUCUGGGUCAUUAAUAAUAAAUAUUCUAAAGCCUUCGAAAUGAUGAAAAAAUGGGGUUACACGUACUGUGAUGAUAUUACAUGGGUUAAACAAACGGUGAAUAGAAGAAUGGCUAAAGGACAUGGAUUUUAUCUGCAACACGCGAAAGAGACAUGUUUAAUGGGAAGAAAGGGAGAGGACCCUCCAGAAUGUAAUCAUUCAAUUUCUUCAGAUGUGAUAUUUUCAGAAAGACGAGGACAAAGCCAAAAGCCUGAAGAAUUAUAUGAGAUGAUUGAAGAGUUGGUUCCUAAUGGGAAUUAUUUAGAGAUAUUUGGACGGAAAAAUAAUUUGAGAGAUUAUUGGGUGACAAUAGGAAAUGAAUUGUGA